UCAGAAGGAGACAGAGAGCAAGCCUUUGGGACACUGCAGAGCUGAGCAGAGCCUGUGGAAAUGGAGAGUCUGUUUGUCCUACUGCUGCUCUGUGUGGCGGUGUGCUCAGCCUACCCGUUGGAUGGAGCUGCCAGGAGCCAGGACAGCAGCAUGGACCUUGCUCAGAAAUACCUAGAAAACUACUACAACCUUGCAAAAGACGCGAAACAGUUUGUUAGAGAAAGGGACAGUGGUCCUGUUGUCAGAAAAAUCCGAGAAAUGCAGAAGUUCCUUGGGCUGAAGGUGACGGGGAAGCUGGACUCCAAGACUCUGGAGGUGAUGCAUAAGCCUAGGUGUGGGGUUCCUGACGUUGGUCACUUCAGCACCUUUCCUGGCGUGCCAAAGUGGACAAAAACCCACCUCACCUACAGGAUUGUGAAUUAUACACCGGAUUUGCCAAAAGAUGCUGUUGAUUCCGCCAUCGAGAAAGCUCUGAAAGUCUGGGAGGAGGUGACGCCGCUCACAUUCUCCAGACUGUAUGAAGGAGAGGCUGACAUAAAGAUCUCUUUUGCAGUCAGAGAACAUGGAGACUUUGUCCCUUUUGAUGGACCUGGAAACGUUUUGGCUCAUGCCUACGCACCUGGACCGGGGAUUAACGGAGACGCCCACUUUGAUGACGAUGAGAAAUGGACGAUGGAUACAGCAGGGACCAAUUUAUUCCUCGUUGCUGCCCAUGAACUUGGCCACUCCCUGGGUCUGUUUCACUCUACCAACAUGGAAGCAUUGAUGUACCCACUCUACAGCUCAUUCAAAGACCUGGCCCGGUUCCGUCUUUCUCAGGAUGAUGUGGAUGGCAUUCAGUCCCUCUAUGGACCGCCCCCUGCCUCCCCUGAGGACCCCCUGGUGCCCACGGAAUCUGUCCCUCCAGGACCUGAGACACCAGCCAUGUGCGAUCCUGCUUUGUCCUUUGAUGCUGUCACCACGCUGAGGGGAGAAAUUCUGUUCUUUAAAGACAGGCAUUUUUGGCGCAAAUCCCUCAGGGUGCUUGAACCUCAAUUUCUUUUGAUCUCGACAUUUUGGCCAUCCCUUCCUUCGGGCAUGGACGCAGCAUACGAAGUUACUAGCAAGGAUACUGUAUUCAUUUUUAAAGGAAAUCAGUUCUGGGCCAUCAAGGGAAAUGAGGUGCAAGCUGGUUACCCCAGGGGCAUCCACACCCUGGGUUUCCCUCCGACGGUCAGGAGAAUCGACGCGGCCAUUUAUGAUAAGGAAAAGAAGAAGACAUACUUCUUUGUGGAGGACGAAUACUGGAGAUUUGAUGAGAGGAGACAGUCCAUGGACCCAGGCUUCCCCAAGCAAACAGCUGAAGACUUCCCAGGCGUGGACACAAAGGUCGAUGCUGCUUUUGAACAAUUCGGGUUUUUCUAUUUCUUCAGUGGGUCUUCCCAGUUGGAGUAUGAUCCAAAUGCAAAGAAAGUGACGCAUAUUUUGAAGAGUAACAGCUGGUUUAACUGUUAGGAGAUGGGCGUAGAAGGCAACACGGGCAUUUUAAAUGAAGCUAAUCAUUCUUCACCCAAGUCUUUGUGACUCCAAACCGUUCGUGUCCUCCUGCGCAUGCUGUGACUCGAGCCACGCCCUCGAGUGUGAACUGUGUGUCUUG